AAGUGUAGCUGAACUGUUGAGUGUCUGUGUCUCUGUAUUUCUGCAGUAAAAUGGCAGAAGCCAGAGUUUCUCAGGAUGAGUUCAUGUGUCCAGUGUGUCUGGAUCUCCUGAAGGAUCCAGUGGCCAUUCCCUGUGGACACAGUUACUAUAAGAGCUGUAUUACAGACUGCUGGGAUCACGAGGAUCAGAAGAGAGUCUACAGCUGCCCUCAGUGCAGACAGACCUUCAGUCCAAGACCUGCUUUAGCUAGAAACACCAUGCUGGCUGAAGUGGUGGAGAAACUGAAGAAGACCAAACUCUCUGCUGACUGUGACGCUGGAGCUGGAGAUGUGCAGUGUGACGUCUGUACUGGAAGGAAAUACAGAGCCAUCAAGUCCUGUCUCGUGUGUCUGGAGUCUUACUGUCAAACUCAUUUUGAGCGGCAUGAGGAGUUUCAUUCACGUAAGCCACACAAAGUGACUGAAGCCACUGCGUAA